UGCUCUCCUGCCAAAAUGGCUCAGCCGUCGUGGGUCAUCCUGGACGCGGUCGCGCGCGUGGCGGCGGAGCAGGAUGCCGACCUCUCGCUCGAGCUGGCGGCGCCGCCGAGCGUCACCGUCCUCACCGUGCCCCCACGCGUUUCGCCCAUCCAGGCCGACCCCACCAGCCGCGCCCGCCCCUGGGUUGUCUCCGCAGACCCUGCCUCCGGCCUCCUCCUCCUCUGCGCCCCGCCGGCCCCUCUCCGCCCCACCCCCCCUCCCCCGCCGGAAUUCCGCAACGGCGUGCUCGUCCUCAACAUCACCGAUAUCGAGCGCCGCCCGCCGAACUACUUCGUCUGCGACGUCGCCUCCGCCACCGCCUUCCGCCUCCCCGAACCAGGCCACGGCGACCCGAGGGGGUUCCCUUCCGAGAUCAACCCGUCGAACCUCGGCGUCGUCGCCGCCCCGGGAGCCCUGGCCGGAGGAGGCGCCUCUCGCUACAUGGUCGUCGAGUUCCGCUACAUGUUCAACGACCAGCACGCCACGCUCCUCUGCUUCUCCUCCGACACCGGCGAGUGGGCGUGGAAGCCGGUCCACAACCCCAUGGGCCGCUGGAUUUGGGGCAGCGACGGCGUCAUCGCCCACGACGGCAAGCUCUGGUGGGUGGAUCUCGCCGGGGGCCUCGUCUCCUGCGACCCUUUCGCGGAGGCGCCGGUGCUGGACAUCGUCCCGCUCCCGGACGCCGACUGCCAUCUGUCUGAUGCCGGCUGCGCCCACUGCGCGGGGAGAUCGCUCGCCUACCGCCGCUUCGUGCAGGUCAGCGCUGGCAAGCUCCGGUGCGUGGAGUGGAGCUCCAGCCGCCGCGACGUCGACGACGGUGCUCCCAUGACGGUCAGCAUGUGGACGCUGAAUGACCCGGAGACCAAGAAGUGGGCGCUGGAGUACAAGGUGAGCUUUCAGGGCAUCUGGGCUGAUGAGAGCUACAAGGCCGCCGGGCUGUCGGAGAAGAACCCCACGUUCGCGCUCCUCCACCCCAUGAAUCCAGACGUGGCCUACUUCUUCCUGGAGGAGCACCUCUUCAGCGUGGACAUGCCCGCCAACAGGGUUGUGGAGUGCGGCGUCCACGGGUUGGUCGUGCCCCCAUCAGGCAAGCCUCCCAACUGUUUCUCCGUCCGCGCAUUGGAGCUGCCGCUCGCCCUUUCCGCAGGUACACUUCCAUCUGAACUUGGCAGUGGUUCAAACACUGAAGAUUCUGCACCACCAGCGUCAGCUGCACCAUCUGUUUCCCUGGCGCAUGACUUAGUGAGCCUGAAGAUUGAGUCAGAGGAAGAUGCCUAGGGGGAAGGACCUUGAGACAGCAUUUGUUAUGAUCAGCAAGUCUCUAGUGGAGACAUAACUUAUAUCUAGUCUCUAGUCUACCAGACUAUAAUCGCUGCCUCUUUGAUUCUAUGUACCCAUGCUAAUUUAGUUGUUGUAGUUUACAACAAGAUUCCAGCACUUCCAUUAUCAUGUUCUGUAAUGAAUUAAUGAUAUGCUUCGGCAGCUGAUCUCACCCGCUGGUGGUGGACUUAUGAUUGUAUCUUGUAGUAGCAAAAAUCUCUGUAAUGUGACCCUGCAUGCAUGCUUAGGAGUUAAAGAGUGAUGCUUGUUGCCUGGUGCCUUA